CACUUUGUUUGUCGUGAUAAUUCCUUAUCUUGAACCUAAUAUAAAAAUAUAAGAGAUUCUAAAAUCUUAUAUAACAUAACAACUAAUCGUGCUGUCUUAUCAUCCAACAGAAGUUGACUCUCCUGAUAUAGAAUUAGAUACGAUGACUACUCAUCGAUCUACAGAAUCUUCAGAACUGAUUCGUGAAGGUGAUAAUGAUUAUGAUCAUCAACAAUCUCAAGAUUAUGAUCCUAUAGUUUUGAGAUUAUUGAAUUCAAAUUCUUUUAUAAUAAAACUUUCUCAACUUCGUUAUAUAACUUUUACUAUAGUAGGUAUUGCCUUAUUAUGGCCAUGGAAUUGUUUCCUUUCUGCUUCUGCUUAUUAUGGUGAAAGAUUUAGUCAUUCACCUUCAUUAAUUAAAGUGUAUUCAUCAACAAUGAUGUCAGUUUCAACAAUAACUUCGAUUUUAUAUAGUUAUUAUUUAUCUCAAGCUCAAGCUGGAGUAAAUUAUAAAUUUAGACUUAGUCUUGGACUUUGGUUAACUAUAUUUGUAUUUUUAUUUAUGUCAAUAACUUGUAUAUCUGAUUUAUUAAUUAUGAUGAAUGAUAAUGCAUUUUUUACUAUUUUAAUGAUUAUGGUAUUUAUAUCAGCAUUAGCAACUUGUUUGGCUCAAAAUGGUACUAUGGCUAUUGUUAAUGUAUUAGGAGGUAUUUAUGCAAAUGCAGUUAUGGUAGGUCAAGCAGUUGCUGGAGUUUUACCUGCUUUAGCAUUAAUUAUAUCAAUUUUAUUAGUUGGUGAUAAAAAGACUAAUUCAACUGAUGAAAAUUAUCAUGUUGAAAAAAAUUAUGGAGUAUUUGUUUAUUAUAUUACUGCUAGUUUAAUUUCAAUUGUUUCAUUACUUAUGAUUUUUUGGAUUAAUCAUCAUAAAGUUGAAUCGACAUAUCGAUCAUUAAAUCAAUUAAUUGAAGAACAACCAUUAAAUUCUUCAGAAAUUAUUGAUGAACCAGAUAUUAAACAAAAGACUCAUGUUCCAUUUUCAGUUUUAUGGUCAAAAUUAAAACUUAUUGUCCUGACUAUUUUUAUUACUUUUAGUGUUACAUUAAUUUUCCCAGUUUUUGCAUCUACAGUUGAAUCAGUUAAUACUGAAUCUAAAUUUUGGUUUUAUAAAAAGGAAAUUUUUAUUCCAUUUAUUUAUUUAAUUUGGAAUUUAGGAGAUUUAUUAGGUCGUAUAUUUUGUGGAUAUCCUAAAUUACAUAUGCUUAUUACAAAUCCUAAAACUUUAAUAAUUUAUUCAAUUGCUAGAUUAAUAUUUAUUCCAUUAUUUUUAACUUGUAAUAUUCAUCCAUAUUCAGCUGCUAAUCAAUCUAGUGCACUUAUAAAUUCUGAUUCUUGGUAUAUAAUUUUACAAUUAUUAUUUGGAAUUUCUAAUGGUCAAUUAUGUACUUCAUGUUUUAUGAUUGUUGCAAAUUUCUGUGAUACUGAUGAAGAAAAAGAAGCAGCAGGAGGGUUUACCGCAGUAUUUUUAAGUGUUGGACUUGCUGCUGGCAGUAUAUUUAGUUACUUACUUGUUUUUAUUAUAGAUUAGAUAAAUAUUAAUUAAAAUAGAUGCUUCAUAGUUAAGGUUAUCAUUGUAAUUGUAAUUGUAAUAAUUAUAAUACUGGU